AUGCGAAAAGCUAUAUCGCCACACGAAAGAUUGACAGCAACUCUGAGGUUUCUCGCAACUGGAAGGAGUUACGAAGACCUAAAGCUUACAACAAUAAUAUCACCCCAGGCGUUGGGUGUUAUUAUUCCAGAAACAUGUGAAGCGAUAUACAAAGUACUGCGGCACGAUUAUUUUAAGUUUCCACAAACAGAAGAUGAAUGGAAAAAUAUAGCAAAACAUUUUGAAAAUAGGUGGAAUUUUCUACAUUGCCUUGGCGCCAUAGACGGGAAACACAUAGACAUUAUUUCUCCAAGUGGAAGUGGCUCCUAUUUUUAUAAUUAUAAAGGUCGACACAGUAUGAUACUUCUUGCAAUAGUGGAUGCUAGGUACCAAUUUAUAAUGUACAGCUUUGGUGUUAACGGCAGGAUAUCAGACGGCGUUCUGCAGAAUGUUUCGAUCACGAAAACCUAGAAGAUGGAACUAUUACAUCAGGUUUAACAUCACAUGAUUCAAACAUGGAGCCAUUAUAUCGACGAAACUCUGGAAAUAAUGCAACUGCUGCCAAAAAUGUUAGAGAACCGUAUGUACAUUACUUUAAUAACGA